AAGACCGCGGCGGAAGUGACCUUUGUGUACCGGUUUUCGAUUUGCAAUGUUGCUGCUCGUCACAUGGCACUUUUUCACAAACUUUUCCGCCACAACUGAUGAAAAUGAGUAGUGGUUCAAAUCAGAGGACUCUGUUCCAGACUUGGGGUGCAUCUGCUCCUCAAAACAGCAGUGUUCAACCGAAAAAAGAUACCAAGAAAGCCGCUGGACGGCGCAAAACAACCCCAGGCAACACCUCUCAGGUAGCUAAAACACAUCCUCCUCGGAAUCCUCUAUGGACUCAGAUAGGCCAAGAGUCCACGUCCACAUCAGAGGACCAUAACCCUGCAUUUGGAGAUGAAGAUGAUGACGACGAUUUGAUGUUAGUCGCUGUCUAUGAAGCUGAAAAAAGCCUGGAACUUGAUAAUGCAAACUCUCUUAGGUAUGACAACCCUAUAGAAACAGAGAGCACUGCCCUCUCUCCCAUCCCAUCAGGUGGACAGACAUAUCCAGACUUCCCUGGCUUUGACAGCUCUUCAGCUAAAGUAUGGAUUUACCCCACCAACUAUCCUAUCAGGGAGUACCAGCUGAAGAUAUCAGAGGCUGCCCUGUUUCAGAACACACUGGUUUGUCUACCCACUGGUCUGGGAAAGACUUUUAUAGCCUCUGUGGUUAUGUACAACUUCUACCGCUGGUAUCCAUCAGGGAAGAUUGUAUUCAUGGCUCCUACCAAGCCUCUGGUGGCACAACAGAUCGAGGCCUGUUAUAAAGUGAUGGGGAUCCCACAGGCACAUAUGGCUGAGCUGACAGGCAGCACAGCAGCAAAGCAGAGGCAGGAGGUGUGGAGAACCAAGCGUGUCUUCUUCCUCACCCCUCAGGUCAUGAUGAACGAUCUGUCCAGGGAGAGCUGCCCGGCUCUGCAGAUCAAGUGUGUGGUGAUUGAUGAAGCCCACAAAGCACUUGGCAAACAUGCCUACUGUCAGGUCAUCAGACAGCUUAGCAGCCAGACUCUGCAGUUCCGGAUUUUGGCCCUGAGUGCAACUCCAGGGGCAGAUACAAAGGCAGUGCAGUCGGUGAUCUCUAACUUGCUCAUCUCCCACAUUGAGCUGCGUUCAGAAGAGAGUCCAGACAUCCAGGCUCAUUCUCACCAGCGCAGUGUGGAGAAGAUGGUGGUUCCCCUUGGGGAGGCUCUUUCUGCUCAGCAGGCGCGCUACCUUGAGGUUCUGGAGAAGUUCAUGUCUCGUCUGGUCCAGAACCGGGUGAUGGCACAGAAAGACCUGCGGACUCUCAGCAAAUACCAGCUCAUCCUCGCCAGGGAUCAGUUCCGCAAGAACCCACCACAAAACAUCAAGGGUCCACAGCAGGGAAUGCUGGAGGGCGACUUUGCCCUUUGCAUCAGUCUGUACCACGGCUACGAGCUUCUGAUGCAGAUGGGGCUCCGAUCACUCUUUUUUUACAUCCAGGGAAUCAUGGACGGGUCCAGAGAGAUGUCCAGGGCCAGAAAUGAGCUGCAGAGGACUCCCACCUUUAUGGACCUUUAUCAAGAGAUGGAGGCAAUGUUUCUGAAGCCACCUGCCGGUCCAGAUGAGCCUUUUCUACACAGUCACCCCAAACUGGAGAAACUGGAGGGGGUGGUAUUGCAGCACUUUAAUCUGUGGGCUGAGCGUUCGGCUGACAAUAAUGGUUCAUCUCCUCAGGAAGUAAGCACACGUGUUAUGAUCUUUUCAUCGUUCCGUGAAAGCGUACAGGAGAUAGCCGCCAUGUUGAACCGUCACGCUCCGCUGAUACGGGUCAUGACCUUUAUGGGCCAAGCUUCAUCGGGGAAGGGAGUCAAAGGCUUCACCCAGAAGGAACAACUGGAGGUGGUGAGCAGGUUUCGUACAGGAGGCUUCAACACACUGGUGUCGACCUGUGUGGGGGAGGAGGGAUUGGAUAUCGGAGAGGUAGACCUUAUUGUUUGCUUUGAUGCACAGAAAAACCCUAUCCGCCUGGUGCAGCGGAUGGGACGAACAGGGCGUAAGCGUAAGGGUCGGAUUGUUGUCAUCUUAGCCGAGGGACGUGAAGAGAGGAUAUACAACCAGAGCCAGAGCAGCAAGCGCAGUGUGUACAAGUCCAUUAUUGGUAACACAAACAGCUUCCACAUGUACCUGCACAGUCCCCGCAUGCUACCUGAUGGAGUGAACCCCUUCUUGCAUAAGAUGCACAUCACCUGCGGACAGUUUGACCAUCAGGAGAGCAGCAGGCGCUCUGUUGUGGGGCGACGGUCCCACUCUGAGGGACGGGCCUCGCUCAUACACCCUCAAAACCUGAUUCAUCAAGGCAAUGUGACAUCAGACGGGUUUCUCAGCAGUAGUGAAUUCUCCCUCUGGGCGUCUACCAUGAAGCUACAGGAAGAUGAAACUCAUCCAACCUUGAAGCAGUCACACUUCAUGUCUCUACCCAGUGAUCCUCCACCUCAGGAGGAUUCUUCAAAAAGUAGCCCACCAUCCAGAGAGCUAUCUUUGUGGGAAUGGAGACACUGGCAGCACAAAGUUCUUCCCACCCAUGUCGUUGAUCAUUCUCUCCGCUGCCACCACUUCAUUAAAGUAAUGGAGCUCAUAGACGGCAUGAGAGAGGAAAAUGAGGGGGAAUGUCGAUACGAACAGGAGCUCCUUCCUUACCUCCAAAAAGAAGAGGCUGUUGGCGCUGUGAAGAAGAAACAGAAGAAACAAAAGAGCACAAAGAUGUGCGCCAAAUCUUCCACCAACAGACACAAACCAUCACACUCAACUGUUUCUGAUCUGGAAUGGAUUGAUGAGGAAGAAGAGAGAGGAGAAACACAAAGAAAAGGCUUAAUUUCUGAGUUUGUCGUGAGGAAAGAAGCAACCCCUGUUCAACCAGAUGCAGAGGCACCUUGUGAUGACAUCACAGGUGAACCAGGAAGUGAGGCUAACUCCCCUCACCUCCCCUCUUUCCCCUCAAACAAAGACUGCCCAGGAGCAGACAUAGAUGGCUGUUACAUUGUGAACAAAGAUGGCAUUAAAUCAGAAAACAUAGCUGAUGAACCCGUAAACUUAGAAAAACUUUCACAGCUGAUUACAAACACUGAUGAAGAUGUUGAGCUUCAGACCAUGUUCUACCUCCCUAAAUGGGCUUCGUCGACUCCUCUCUCUUCUGCGAAACUCACUCAAGCGAGAGAUGCAAGUCUGAAGAUCAUCCUCGCCAACGUGGCUGACCUCCUGUCCCGGUCUCCUCCGUCUUUGGAUGAAGAUUUUGAGUUCAACAUGUCUGCUCCGUUACCUCCUCCCUCUCCUCAGUGGCCUCAGCAGUCAUUCAAGGUCAGCUUUACCCUGGACGUUGACGAUGAUGAUGAUGAUGAUGAUGAUGACAACAAUGACGUGAUGAUGAGUGAUGCUGACGAAGUCCCCCAGAGGGUGGACAAAGACGAGCAUCCAGUGAGUAUGGCGGACAAUAAAAGGUAUUGUGAUUGGCCCCUUAGGAAGCAGGAGGAGAGAAUCAGAAUAGCAACAGGAAGUCCCAGCUGGGAUGAGGUUUUUGAGGAGGAAGAGCUGAAUAUUGAUCAUGACAAAAAAGAUGGCAAUAUGAAGGUGGAUGAAGAAAAAAUCAGUGACUUUGAGAUGGAGGAUGAAGAAGCUGAGGAUGAAAAGGAAAUAAGAGAUGAAGAGGAUGAAAAGAGUUGUUGGGAUCACGGUGACCCUCAGAUAGACCAGAGCAUGGACCUGUUUGGAGACGAUGAAGCCUUCCUGCAGAUGACCAUCCCAGACAUCUCCACUCCAGGUGUCUCACCCAGGAAAUCCCCUAAAGCUACAAACAUCACUGACGGCAUGAUUAAGAUGUCUGACGCUUUACAUAAUCACACGCCAGCAAACCCAUGUAGCAGCACACACCCAGCGCACACAGCUGACUUAGCACGCACAAAGCACAUAACUCAUACUCCGCAUGCCGGGCUGAUAUCAGACACUCGCAGCUCUGCAGAGGCAAAACAAAAUCCUGAGUCAUCUGACGGAUCUCAUGACUACUUCUCCGUCAACUUCGACCUCGGCUAUUCCUUUGAGGAAUCUGAGGAAGAGGUAGAAGAGGAUGUCCAAAGUACAUCUCCACAGCCCAAAAAGAAAGCCUUGUCUAACUCCUCCACUCCGUAUAACAGCUCUCUUAGACAAAUAAUACCUCCACAGUCCAGUGGAUCCAAGUUAUCUUCACUACACACGCUGUCAGAACAGGGAAAGAGAGAAACAUCCUCUCCUCUGGCGCUGCCUUUAAUGUCAAAAGGUGGUGAACUCCCGUCUCCCAUCACAUCCCCUGGAGCAAGGCGGAAGCUUGCACCCAGUUACACCAGGCCACGCAGUCCGUCUUUGCUCUUCAGGUUCAAGCAGAGCAGACUGGAGGGUCCCACUGGGGCAGGGAAAGUCUCAGAAUCUAUCAGUGUGGCGGACUCUCCUCCACUUCCAGUGAACUGCAGCAGUGACAGUGAGGAUGAUGUCAUGGUUCAAAAGAGAAGGCAUCAGAGCAAAGUGAACCCAUUGUCGUCGCCUGAAGUGUCAAAGAUCUGCAGUGAUGUGGACUCCCCACUUGUUGUGAACAGGAAACGAACAGCUGCACUUAAUACAUCUGAUGAAGCUGAGAGUGGAACCGUUUCUGAUGAUGAUUUCAAGAACGAGUUCACGCACAGACCUGCAGCAGCUGUGAGACGAGGAGUCCAACAGGGUAAAGCCAAGAGCGCCGUGAGCAGAAAAGGGCGUCAGUUCCUGGACGAAGAAGCAGAGCUGUCAGGGGAGGAGGAGGGUGCAGACGUGUCAACUGAUGAAGAGGACGGAGAUGAACUGAACAAGUCCCUUGAAGGCUUUGUGGUCGACAACAUGCACUUUUCCCAGGGACUAAAUGACUCUGAGAUGUGCGGUGUUUACCUGAAGUCAGUGAGAAGCCCGACAGUCCAUGGCAAGUUCAAAAUGUCCUACAAAAAACAUCACAACAUGGACAUAUUUUCACAGGUUCCUGAGCUGGAUGAAACAUACGCAGAAGACAGCUUUGUAGUGGGGAAUGAGGUGGAGGAGGAGGUGGAGGAGGUUAGGAGCAGUGAAGACGUGGAGGAGGAUGUUGAACUUAUGCCUGAGGACUCGUACGUAGACGGGCGGAGGCAGUAUGCCACCAGACGGCGAGUUUUCAUUCACAAAGCCAGAGCAGGAGCCAAAACUACUACUGAUUCUGCCCAGCAGCAAACAGCUGGGGUCAAACCCAAGCGUUCACGGGUCAUACGUGUUCAGGAUUCGAGUGAAGAUGAGGCAGAGGAAGCUGGGAGAAGGGAAAGUGUCGUUACAGGAGGGAAUCGUGCUGCCCCCUUGUGGCCAAAGAUGGUUCAGCCAGAGCCGAGCAGACAUCUGGAGCAGCAGAAGCCCCCAUCUUCUACUUUGACUUCAACUAUAGCAUCAAAGGUCUCGAAGCUGAGCAAGGCACAGAGAUGCUCCAUGACCACGGAGGAGCAAAAUGAGAGGUGUCGCCAGAGGUUUGAAAACCAGCAUAUGGUCUCUGAUGAACUGGACUUUGCAGAGCCAGAUUUGCCAUUACUCUCUAAGAAACAAUCAGGGGCCCUCCCUACCACCUCUAUGCCUCAGCCUUCCACUGCCCAGGAAGCAGCAGUCAGUGAGUCUCCUGCUCCAUCAGGGCCGGUUAACAUCCUGGCUGACAGUCGCUGCAUCAGCAGUGGAGUGGAGCUAAUGGCGUGCCUCCGCCAGCGCCACUCAGCCACCGUUCACAUCUGCUCGCUGGAUGGCAGCUACUUCAUCGUCAGCAACCGCAUGGCUGCAGAGAGGCACAGCCAAUCAGAUUUGGGCUCGAUGCAGCACAGGAAGAGAUUGGCUGAGAGAGUGAACAGCUUGCAGGGAUCGUUUGAGCGCAUUUGUCUGAUUGUGGAGAAGGAUAGGACAAAGCCAGGUGAGGCGUCGCGUCCCUUCCAGCGAACCCGUUACUAUGACAGCACUUUGACAGCACUGGUGCGAACAGGAGUGCGUUUGCUUUGGAGUGGUGGCCCAGAAGAGAGCGCCGGCCUGCUGGCGGAUCUAGCACGGCUGGAGCAACGUAAAGGUCAGGGCAUCACUGUACCUUUGGAGGUCAAAGGUCAGCACAGGCAGCAGGCCCUGCAGCUGUACUCCAGCCUGCCCUCAGUCAACUACGCCCACGCCCUCAGCAUGAGCCACAACUUUAGCUCCAUUGCACAACUCAUUAACAGCUCUGUUGAAGCCAUACAGAAGGGUGGCUGUAUGAGUCAGUCUAGAGCUGAGGAGGUCUACCGCUUCCUGCGCUACUCCUGCGACUCUUUCCUCUUGAGCACAUUAAAAACAGGAAAAAACAGCUAGCAGGGUAGGAGGUAAACAUUUAAGGACUUCUUACUGACACACCCCUACCUCCUUCUUCUACUCUUCUACCAGUAAGAGCCUCAGGACACUGGUUCCGCCUCCUUGCACAAUAAGGGAAUACAACUCGGCUCCAUUCAUGUCAUGCAAUACCACAGAUUUCUAGAAAUAAGGCAAACUUAUUGUUUUAUUCAGUAUUUCUUUUUAAGCAUUUGGCUGAGACGUGUUUUCCGUUACACA